AUGCAACGUGAAUUGAUAAAACAUUUGAUUAAUCGCAUUGCCAAACCUUCACUAAAAGCAUUCAUAUAUGCUUACUUAUAUAUUGUACUCCCAAGGAUAUUUGGACAACUAAUAAGUGCUAUCAAAAGAAAGAGAUUGAUUCUUUCAAGAUUUACUAAACCCAUCAUUAGGGCAUUCCAUCCGAGGAAAUUCCCCAUGUUUUCGGCAUGUUUGGUCGCUUUAAUUAAUAUUCUUGAACCUAUUAUAUUUGGAGCUUUAAAAAGACAUGGAUUGACUAAAAGAACAAAGACCAAUUUAUUCGUAUCCACUUUAAUCUCAUCAUUGAUUUCUGCCAUGAUAACAUUUCCAAUUUAUCAGAAUCAUGUCCUCGGAUACGGAAGAUAUAAUUCCUUGGAUUUAACUUUAUUGGUAGCAACCAGAGCAAUUGAUACUACAUUUUCAUCAACAUUAGCUAAGAUUGCACCUAGUAGCGUGACACCUUACGGAGAUGCUGGGUUAUUUAUUGCCAGUUGUUUCUUUAUUAUGUAUAAUUGGUUUUAUCAUCCCGAAAAAUUGCCGCCAUCCUAUCAGCAAUGGAUAACAUCAGCUGCAAAUAUGGAUGAUGAAUUACGUCAAAUUCUUCGACUUGUGAAAACUAAAGAAAUCGUAUACGGUGAACAUGGUCCCAUGGAAGAUUUCUUAGUACCAUAUUUUGAAAAAUAUGGUCAGGAUCCAAAGGGUGCAAGUACAUAUCUGAACACUCCAAUCUCUUGUGAAUCUGUACAUGCUUUCAAAACAAAAAGCUGUGAACUUCAUGCUUUAUGGAGAUUUUAUAGGGGGUUUAAAUUUGCAUUUACAGUAUAUGCACCAUUGAAUUUACUUAUGCUAGUAUUUCCACUGAAACUUAAAAGAAGUACUAGAAUUAUCAGAGCUCUUCGAAUGGCAAUAAGAUCAUCUUGCUUUUUAGGUGCAUUUAUUGGUUUCUACUGGUAUGCAGUCUGUUUGGCAAGAACUAGACUCUUCCCUAAGCUUUUCCCCAAAAUACCAAGAACAAAGUUUGACGACACAAUUGGACCUUCAUUUGGUGCGUUAAUGUGUGGACUUUCAUCAUUUAUCGAAACUCCUCAUAGAAGAAAGGAAUUAGCUCUUUUUGUUGCCCCAAGAGCUCUUGGAACGUUAGUUAAUUUGGAACCCACCAAGGAGAAUUUGAAAAUCGAAUCGAUUGCUUUUUCAAUUGGAUUGGCUAUUCUUGUAGCAUUUUCUAAGAAUAGUCCUACAACUGUCAGAGGUAUCUUUGGAAAAGGUCUCAAACAAGUAUUUAAUAUUGAUUACUAUGUAUAA